AUGCUGCUGGGGGCCAGAGAAGCUCAGGCAGAAGGUGCAGACCUGGUGGAGAUCAGGCUGGAUGCCCUCACCGCCUUUGAUCCCGCGAACGACAUCCCCCGCAUCAUCGCCGAGUCCCCGCUGCCCAUCAUCAUCACCCUGAGGCCCACCUGGGAAGGAGGGAAGAGCGAGCUGCCAGAGCCACGGCGACUGGCUGCCCUCAAGUAUGCCGCCAUUCUGGGGGCGGCGUUCGUCGACGUGGAGUUCAAGGUGGCGUCUUACUUCUUUGAAAACUUUGGCGAGGUGGGCCCGGGUACCCGCUUCAUCGUGUCCUCCCACAACUUCACCGCCACCCCGCCCCUGUCGGAGCUGGAGGAGCACGUGGCGCUGUGCCGGGGUCUGCAGGCCCCCGCCCCCCUGGUCGUCAAGCUGGUGACCACCGCACUCGACGCCGCGGAUGCGAUGACCAUGCUGGGCCUGCUGCGCGCCACCACUGCAGCCGGGCAGCCCAUGAUAGGACUGGCCAUGGGAGAGGCGGGGGUUCCCACUCGCCUGCUGGCAGGCCAGGCUGGCGCCUUGCUUUCUUUCGCCACCCUGGAUGACGGCAAGGCCAGCGCCCCAGGGCAGCCCUUUGUCUCGGCGCUGCUGCGGCGCUACCGCCUCAGGGAGCAGCGGCCGGGGAAGACGCGCGUGUGGGGCGUGGUGGGGCGCCCCGUCGGCCACAGCAAGGGGCCUCUGAUCCACAAUGCCAUGCUCAAAGCCGCCAAUAUCGACGGCGUCUACGUGCCCUUCCUCGUGAAUGACCUGCCCCGCUUCCUCAAGGCCGCCGCUGCGAGUGGGAUGGACCUCGGUGGGCUCAGUGUCACCAUUCCCCAUAAGGAAGCCGCCCUGCAAGCCGCAGACGAGGCGGAUGGCCUGGCGGCCGGCAUCGGGGCCGCAAACACUCUGGUGUGGGCGGGCCCCCGCAUGACCCAGGGGUGCAGGGCCUACAACACCGACGCGUUGGCGGCCCUGCACGCCAUCGAGGACGGGCUGCGGCGAGGAAAGGAGCGCGGGGCGGGGCCGCAGAAUGCUGAUAGUGACAGAGCUCAGGCGUCGCCGCUGCGCGGUAAGAAAAUCGUGGUGCUGGGUGCGGGCGGCGCGGGCCGGGCGCUGGCCUUUGCCGCCGCGCGGGCCGGCGCCGCCGUGGUCAUCGCGAACCGAACGCUCACGCGUGCCGACGAGCUGGCCGCCAGCGUGCGCACCGCCGUCCCCGGCGCCAGCGUCCAGGCGGUGCGGCUGGACGGCGUGCGGAGCGGGGAGCUGGGCGGCGACGUCCUGGCCAACACCACCCAGAUUGGCAUGCACCCCAAGGUGGACGAGAGCCCCGUGCCGGCAAGUGCACUGCGGCGGUACACGCUGGUCUUCGACGCCGUGUACACCCCGCUGCAUACCCGUCUCCUCACCGAGGCCAAGGAGGCGGGGUGCACGGUGGUCACAGGCGACUCCAUGUUCCUGGGCCAGGCCGCCGAACAGUUCAAGCUGUUCACUGGCCGGGGUGCGGACCUGGGUGUCAUGCAGGCAGCCUUGGACCGGCCACUGCAGCACUAG